AAGAAAAUCAAAGAUGCGUUUUGCUUUGGGAUUAUUCUUGGUAAUUUGCCUGGUUGCUCUAGCCGUUGCUACACCAGCCAAAAACAAACAGGCUCCUGCAUGUUCGGCAAAUUGUGGUGAGAAAUAUGAACCCAUUUGUGCCAAGGCUAAAAAUGGCAAUAAGGAGAGACUUUUGACCUUUGGCAAUGAAUGUGUUAUGGGCAACUAUAAUUGUCAGCACAGUGAUGAUCCCUAUGAGAUGAAAUCUAAGGGAGAAUGUGGUGGCAAUGUCAGUGUCCGUCUAUCUUAAAUGGUU